AUUAUAUACAACAUAAAUUACAUACAUACAAAUAUAUAUACAUUUAUACAUUUAUAAUAUUUUAUCAACAUUAUCCUCAGUCUAUUGUAAUGAGUUUUCACACGAUCCUUUUGGUACAGCCUACAAAUGGUGCAAACCGAACAUACUCAGACUUUGAGACUAUUGCCGCGACAUUGGAUCAUGUAGCAAGUUUGUUUGAACAGAAGCUUCAGAGAGAGAAUCCUCGAUCAGGCCAGAUCCAGUACAGGGCAGAGGAUCUGUUUAGAUUCAUUGAUAGCUACAAGGAGUUUGUUGCUCUUGUAUUCGAUCAAACUACUCAGGCAUAUCUUCCUCGCGACAAGGAAUGGAUCAAAGAUCGCCUCCUGGCUCAUUUUAGCCAGCAAAACAGUGCUCCAUCAAAGCACCACAACCAAUCUCAGCAACGUCAGCAACAGAACAACCGUUCUCAAAGUGGUCGCCGUUGGUAGACUUUGGGGUUAAAGGGAUUUAUAUCUUUGUCUCUCUUUUCAGAUAUAUACAUAUUAGUAGUAGUGUUAUCAUUAUAAUCGUUUACUAUUAUUGCUAUUUAAGAAAGU